UUAUCGCUUCCAGACGGGAGGUCAAAAGGACAAAAUUUGGCAAAGUCCACCACCGACGGACGGUGCGAGAGAGGGAGAGAGCGCUGUGGUGGCCGCGGCGAAGAAGCUUGGCAGCCGUCGAUGGCGGGCGUGGAAGUGAUGGUCGCCUCGGCGGUCGUGAAGGAGGCCAUCCGGGGCCUCGCGGCGGCCGCUGGGGGCCCGAUGGCCAAGCUGUGGAGGAGCUGCAAGGCUGACCUGGAGGACAUGCGAUCCACCCUCUCCCUGCUCGAGGCGGGCUUCAGGGACGCUGAGCAGCGGUCCGGGAGCGAGGAGGGGGUGCGCGUGUGGCUGGGGCAGCUCAAGGCCGUCGCGCGAGACAUCUCCGCCGUUCUCGACCAGCCGCCGCCGCCGCCGUGGAAGGUAUUUGCGAAACUUAGUUUGGUUAACAAGAUAGAGGAGCUAAAGGAGAAACUGAAGGUGGUGGAAGAGAAACGCCGUAUAUUUGGGUUCAGUUUGUAUAAUAGCGCAAUCAAUGAAAAUGUGGUUGCAAAAAGGGAAACAGUAGCAUGUAUGGACGAUGAAUUUACUAUCGUUGGAUGGUCAGGAGAGAGAGAUGAGAUAAUAAGGCUUCUACUACAGUCUGAAGAAAACUUGACUAUUAUUCCUAUUGUUGGCCUUGGAGGCAUUGGUAAGACCACUUUGGCAAAAUUGGUUUUCAGUGACAGUAGAAUGCAAGAUUUUGAGGGGAAGGCAUGGAUCCAUGUGUCCCAAAAGUUUCAUUUGGGAAGAAUAGGAAAAGCUAUUGUAUCACAAUUUGAAGGUACUGCUGAUGACUUUGAUGAUCUGCAGUCUCUGUAUAAUCAGCUAGAAAUCAUUUCUAGUGGCAAGAGGUGCUUAAUUGUGUUGGAUGACUUGUGGGAGAAUGACAUUGAACUGUUACGCAAACUGAAACUCAUGUUAAGAUGUGGAAAGAAAGGGAGCAUGAUACAUGUCAUUGUGACAACACGCAAUAAAGAAAUUGCUCAGGAAAUGUCUACACUUGGUUCAUAUAAACUAGGACCUUUGUCCGAUGAUAAUUGCUGGGAUGUGUUCAAGGAAAUUUCUUUUUGAUGGGCAAAUGAACAAGAUUUACAUGUGCUAGAAGCUGUUGGAAGGGACAUUGCCAAAAAGUGCAAAGGCUUACCCUUGGCUGCUCAUGCUGUUGGAUCCAUGCUUCGCAAUGAAAAUGUUGAUUUCUGGAAAGCUGCCAGAGAUAGUAACACUUGGGAUCAGUGCUCAUCUCACGACAAUGUAUUGCCAUCGU